AUGUUUCGCCCAGAGCAGCAGAACGUUGGAAAGCUCAGCCAGAUCAGCUUCCUGCUGAUCACCCUGACCAUCCCGAUUCAUGGACUCCUUCUAUUUCCUGCCUCAACGGUGCUGCAGAUUACCUCAUCCAUCUCCAUACCCGCCGACCUGAACACCCGCACCAAAGUCUUCAUCGACAUGGGCUUCCAGAUGAACUACAACCUACCAGCCACGGUGUCCUCCUUCUACAAUGCCACCAUCUGGGCGGAUGAGCUGUCCCGGAGACAAAAGCGCCGGUCCGGGAAUAGCCUGGAUGGGAAUCUGCAGCAGGAUCUGGAGGGUGGGAUGCAUCCGGGCGACUUCACGGCCGGACAACUGUAUGCUGGGCUGGAGCACAUGCUGGAGACCUACGGAUUCCACAAAUCCUGUCUCCUGCGCAGUGUCUGCGAGCUGGCCAGGCAUCCCUUUGCCGAGGACCAUUUCUAUGGAGUGGUCACCCAGGUCAUCACCUUCCUGCUAACCCCCUCGCAACACGAAGGAUUUGCCGAAGAUGAGCAACUCUAUCGAGAUAGAUAUGAAAGAGCGGAGCAGAUUGGCUUCCUUGGCGGACAAUGCCAUAGCUCAUAUCCCAGUUGUGAAAUAGAUAUUAUAAACUUAGCCACUCGACUGGUGAGAUGAAAUAAAUACAAUAGCCGCCUAUCAUUUGCUUAUAUUUAAUUGGGCAAGACGAAGUCUUGCAUAAUCUUCAUUGCAUUAAUAACAUUCAGUUGAAUGGAAAGUUCUUAUAAACUUAUAUGUCUUCACU